GACGUGCCGCGCGCGGACGCUUCCGUUCGAUUUUUAAAAUCGAGGUAAAAGCGCGCGAACGGGAUCUCACGGCGAACUCGGGAAUUCCAUUUGCGUAGUUUAUUUAUUAUCGGCCAGCAAUAAACGGUUUUAUAUAUUUUUUUUAUUGUUCCUUUGUGUAUGUAACAAAAGAAAUAAAUUUGUGUACGGCAUACAUUUUAAAAAUACGUAGUGAAAAUGUACCUUUGCUUAUCACUGAGGUCAAAGACGUGCAUUUCGAUGUUUUCGUAACAUCGCACUGUUUAAAUAAGAAACAGUGGCGAUAAGUAAUCGCGGUCGAGUGCAAAUGUCGUCGGUAUCGCAGCGUAGCGCAAACCGAGCGGUGCCGUUCUAAUACAUUAGAGUUGUGCAUUUAGUAAUGAACGUUAAGCCUUGUCCCUUCGCGGAAUUCUAUGUGAUGUUGAAUCAUACACCGGUUAUCGCGUUUUGAGCAGCGACAAUGUGCGAAGUCACAAGUUGGAUUCCGAACGAGGUAGCCGCCACAUUGUGCGCGGACCGCUCCGCGCAGCCGAUUAUCGCUUGGCUUACGGGCUUAAGGGCGUCCAUAGAAGAGUACGACCCUUUGAUAGCGGUAAGAGCGGAGUCACCAGAGUCUGAGGAGUCGUCAAGGUCGUCACCGGACAGCGCAUUCGAUGACAUACUUUCGCAACUCGGAAAAGAAAUCUACAAACUAGACGAGUACCAAAGAAACCUAGUGCCACAGGAAAAGGAGAUUUCCCUGAGUAUUCUGAACUUAUUUGACGAAUGCCUGGAAGGUAUGACGGAGACGAAGCACGCCGGCAAAAGUGAUUUGGAAGUGAUCGACGAAACUGUGGAAAUUCCUGUGAACGGUGUGGAUGAGUGUAGCGACGGUGAAUCUACGAUAUCGGAUGUCUCGUUUGUGACGAGUACGCCUGCUAGGAGUGUGAGAGUGUCAUGUAGUGAUAAAAACACAAUGUUUGUUAAAGGUGAUGGCACGCCGGUGCCGUUGCCGCGGAACAAAUUAAGAACACCCUCGUAUACGUCAUCUAAUUACGAUUACAUGGACGUGAGAACAGAGAACACAAUAACGGAGGCUGCGAGACAACUGGACUCGGAUAGCGACAGCGAAAGCACUAAUUGGAGUUACAGAGAAUGUAGUACAGACACGGAGAACGAGACUAGAGAUGAAUACGCCAUGAUGUGGUCGCACUCGAGCGGUUAUCACAACUCCGAUGAGAUCCUGAGACGGGUGGUCUCUCAGCACCACGCGACUGUCUCGAGGUUAUCGUUCCACACCGCGAGUGACUUUGAACCGACGCGAUAUUCGGUGUACGCACUCCAAGAGGUGGGAGACAGGUGUGUUGACAAAGACAUGCCAGUCGCCGCCAUGACGCCGGACAGACCGACCGACGAUGGUUACGAGCCGGUGCGCGAUGCCCUCACCGACGAGAAUAUUUACGAGGAAAUUGAGUUCGGCUUGAGUUACACGGACGAAGGGUGCUCCUGCGGGGGCAGUGUUGAAGUGGAGAGUUGCUCGAUAAGUGCCAGUUCGGAGGGUGUCGGCCGCGAGAGUCCUUUAUAUGAAAAUUUAAGGGACCACGACGCUUAUGCUAUACCUCCAGAUGUUAUUUUCUGGAAGAAUCUUCUCUUCGACCCGUUUUACAAUGAUGACGAGGAAGACGAGUGGAUAACUCCUGAAGAAUGUGCAGUGUACAGUCGCGACUCCAGACCACCGCUGGUGAUACCGCGGAUAACGCAGUACCGGCCUCCGCGGAGGGACCACAGGCUAUAUGGUUCACAUCCUUAUACGGAGGAGAGCAUACAGGAGAAGCCGUCACCACGGCAGUACGACUGGAGUCCGUCGUCAGAGCGCAGCCGGGCUGAAAUCGACAGAUGCUUCAGCAAUGCGUCUUCGGAGAGCCCGCCGUUCGGCCGGAUGAAUAAAAGAUUAGGGAACUCAACGGAAACUCUACAUUUCCUCAACAAUGCUAGAAGACCAACCCAUCUCCAGCUGCCAGCGUCGUCGUCUGGCGACAGCCUGGAUGUGGAGAUCCGGGAACGAGACCUGAGCCAUGGAAGGAGUAGAAAGUCCAAGUCUAUGAUGGCAACGAAGAAUAGGAUGAGAUCUCCGAUACCCGCUCCCAGAUUGAUGCUACAUCAGCCUGAAAUGCAAGUAUUCUGCGAAGGUCCAGUGAAACGUACCAAAUUCUCAGAAAACGGCAAGAAGAGCAGAAAAAACUGGUGUGAGUGCUAUGUGGUGCUGACACAAACUGCACUGGUGUUUUAUAAAGACAAGAAGACUUACUUCGCAUCUAGCACACCUCCGAAACCUGGCACGCCUCCGAGCCCGACAGCACCGCGUGCUGAGCUCGUGUUACCAUUACGUCACGCCAACGUGGACCUUUGUACGCAGAUGCACACUAGAAGAUAUUUAAAAUCAAUAGUGAUCACGGUCGGGCGGGAUCAGUACCUCAUACAAGAUGAAUGUGAAUCUAUCGCCAAGAAUUGGUAUAACAAAAUAAAACAAAUAAUUUACAAAAUGGGUCCUCCAGCGUCGGAAGAAAGCUUACCACCACCAAUUAAGAAUAGCAGCACGGAUCUAGAAAGUCUGGGUAGAACUCCUCCACCAUCCAGACAUAAUAAUAGAAACAAAAGCAAAGUCGGUGGAAGCAGCAACGAAGAUCUCAGCGACUCCACAGAAAUAUCCAUUCAGAAGUCACAAGUCAAGAGUAGAUUGAAGAAAUUCUUCGCUAAACGGCCAUCUAUGGAGGUUCUUGUGAAGAAAGGCAUCUAUAAAGAUGAACCUGUCUUCGGUCGGAAGUUGGAGGAAGUAUGCCCGGAGAAGUCCCCACGGGUUCCCAACUUCGUAGUGACUUGCAUCAAGGAGAUUGAGAGCAAUGAGGAGAACAUGUGCACCGAUGGACUGUACAGAGCUAGCGGGAACCUGAGCCAGGUCCAGAAAAUACGAUUAGAGAUCGAUCAAAAUAAUAUUUCUGUGAUGGAGAACAACACGGAUAUCCACGUAUUGACCGGCUCGUUGAAACUGUUCUUCAGAGAAUUGAAGGAACCUCUCAUACCCUGCGCAUUAUUCGAUAGAAUCCUCGCAGCUUGCUCAAUAAAACCAAAGGAAGCGAAGGUGAAGGAGUUCCGGGAUAUAGUACAGUCACUACCGCAAUGCAACAGGGAUACACUGAAAUUUCUAUUAGAACAUCUAUUAAGGGUAACGCAGUACAGCGAACGUAAUCGUAUGCACACUACAAACCUCGCAAUAGUGUUCGGACCGACGCUUCUCUGGGCGCCGGCGGAACAGGCCCACAACAUAGCCAUCGACUGCAUACAACAGAACAACGUAGUGGAGUUCCUACUCAACGAAUUCAAAGACAUAUUCAUCGAGGAAACUAAAGGGAAGAAGAAAGUGUGACUCUAAAUGCACCGGCGUUCCCGGACUGAACUUUGAGCCCCAAAAAGCUACUCUUUUCUUAGUAAACAAAGGAGUGUAUUUACUGUGUAAAACGAAAAUGAGUAUGGAUGUGAUAGAUGAUUAUUUGGUAUCAAACAUCCGAAUGAAAUAUUGGCUCCAAUCAAAUGUGAAGCACGACUAUGUCUAUAUAGUUGUGUAAUUCAGGUAUAACGGACAUAAAGUGAUAAAAAUGGUUUCAGAGUAUCAAGUAGGGCUUUAUUUUGUAAUUAGUGAAUAGUGGAUUGUCUAUAUGGAUGAUAUUGUGAUAUGCUACGAAUCAUGUUUGUAUGAUAGUAGACUGUUGAAGUCCAUUAGAAUCAAAGAUAAUUAAUACAAUGUAUGAUUGUUGUAUGAAUUUAUGAUCUCUGUCACAAUAAAAUGCAGAGUCGAAAUUUUUUCUUAAAAUUAUAUCAUGUUGAUUAUGAACAUCUAUAUCUGUGUUGUGAUCGUGAAGCAAUAUUGUUACAGAAAGACUGUCCGAGGCUCUAGAAAUAAUAAUAUAUUCAAAUAUAGAAAUUAUAUGAGAAAGAUAUAUAUUUUAGUAUUAAAUCAAUAUGAUUUUCGUGUGAUUUAGCAAAAAUAUAUCCUGAUUUAUGAAGAUGCAUUAUUUUCGGGGCCAACUUUGUACAGGUCCUACCACUCGUAGUUUAGGCUCAAAGCCAGCAUGUAUUGUGUGCCUUAAGCAAUGUAAAUAUUCAUCGUGGAUGACUGUUGUGAUAUGGUGGAGUGUUAGUGUUUUUAGUUCUUCAUUAUUGUAAAAUUAAGCGAUGCUUGCAAAUGUGACGUCUAGUCCCUCCAUUGUUGUAAAUUGGACACUAACCACGAAGUAAUAAGGUUAACAACUCAAUGAUAAUCGGUUAAAUACUCAAUCAUUUAAUGUCAAUCGGAAAUAAUAAUGUUAUCCAUCAUAAUAAGCUAGGAACCAAAGUUUUAUAUUUUUGGCUGAUAGUGUAUAAUUAAUUUUAUUUGUUGCAUAGUAAUUAUUAUGGAAUUAUGUAAACGCAAAUAAUGCUUGAAAAAUAAAUAUUAGAAAAUGAAGUUACAUGAAA